AUGGCCAUCAUGUCGACUCAUCCCAAAGAUUUUGAACGGGUUCGGGAUCUUUCACAUGAUUUGAAGUUACACCAACCCGACGAUUUGAAAAUUGUGCCCUGUUUCGGCGUUCACCCGUGGUGGGUGUCAGAAUUGACGCAAGAGGAUUGGCAAGAAGACUCCGCUCGUGAUGCACUACCACGAUGGCUAGUGGAGGUAGAAGACAUGCUAGUCACUUACCCGCAUUCAAUCGUGGGUGAAAUCGGACUGGAUGGCUUUCAUUUUGAUAGGGCGACAGGAGGGUUGAAGGCACCUAUGGCAAAGCAAGUCGAAGUUUUUCGUUUACAAAUGGAACUCGCCGCCAAGCAUCAGCGACCCGUGAGUAUCCAUACUGUGCAAUGCUUUGGAGUACUUAUGGAUACUUUGUCGAUUAUAAAAAAAUCCACGGUAAAGCUCCCACCGAAAAUGUAUUUUCAUGCGUUUGGAGGAAAGCAAGGCACGAUUGAUCAGCUGUUGGCUCUUUGUGGGAGAGAACCGGGAAAGGUCUACUUUGGCUUUGCCCCAGUCAUCAAUUUCCGAUCGCCAAAAACGGCCGAUGUUGUACGGAAGGUUGGCCUUGACCGUUUAGUGCUGGAGUCUGACCAUGAGGAUGCUCAGUUCGUGCCCAAAAGCAUUGAAGACUGCGUCGACUUCUUAGCUAGCUCACUGGACGUCGGAGAGGAGGAAGUUAUUCAGCAGACAACACGGAACGCGUUUUCCUUUUAUGGUUUGGAUUAA